AUGUUUGGCCCCAGCAAACGGAGGAGACGAGGCUCGCGACAGUUCCCUGUGGGCUGCACGCACUGCCUGCUUCUCAAGUGCAACUACUCCGAGCUCCUGGGUGCCGGAGCCCGGGUGUACCUGGCGGCCGUGCUCAGGUUCCUGACCGCCGAGCUUCUAGAGCAGGCGUCCAACAGCGGCGCAGUACGGAUCCCGCGCCACCUGUAGCAGGCCACCCGCGAGGAAAAAGCGCUCAACAAGCUGCUAGGCGUGACGAUCGCGCAGAGCGGCGUCCUGCCCAACAUCCAGGCCGUGCUGCUGCCCAAGAAGACGCAGAGCCACCACAAGGCCAAGACAAGUGAGGCUCGCUGCCCGCAACGGACGCCGACGACUUCACAGACACCCACUGCCUGGAGAAAAGAGCUGCACUGACGCGGCAGCCAGCCGCCCGCCCGUGUCCGGGAAAGGCUAGUAAUGCUAGGCUGCAGGGGCUCCCGUGGCGCUCGACCUGCGCCCCAGCUUGCUCACACGCCCAUCCCUCAAAAUCGGACUUAGUGCCCCUGCCACCCGCCGUAGGGCCACCUCCCCACGAGUACUAGUGGCAAAGAGCCUGGGACUCCAGAAGGGUCCCAUUUAGACAUACUCGGUAAUACCUGUGUUCUCCCAGGGAUGAUGGUCGAUUCGAUUUGAAAAUAAUGUAAGAAUCUGUGGUGUUAGGUUUUGAGGGAGAAAUCUUUCGGUUUUUAUUUAAAAUACUAUUGUUUGAACCUUGAGUUGGAAUAUCUAAAUUUUAACAAAGUGA